AUGUCAAUCCCAUUCCCUAACAACGCGCCCGCCCAGCGCGUAGACUGGGCCGCCCUCAAGUCCUUCAUCGCCGACAAGGAGCGCCUCGAGGCGGAAACCGGUCGCCCCGCCCCGCUCAGCGAGACCGAGCUCUCGGCCAUCGCCGUCCUCCUCCGCCCGGCCCCUCGACCGGGCCCGGAGAUCGGCGGCCAGAACUGGCUCGGCCUGCUCAACCAUUUCCAACAGGUCAGGAGCCAAAAGGUCACCUUCGCAGACAUCCCCCGCGAGUACCCCCGCCUCGGCAAGGCCCCUGACCUGCGCUGGACGUGCACCGCAACCUUCGCCGCCACCGGCGAUGUCUUCCCCCGGCCUGACAGCGGCUCGGGAAGCACCUCCACCACCGGAGGCACCGCCCCUGCCAUCCCAGACUUCCAGAAGAAGCAGGACGCGAAACAGUACGCCGCCAAGACCGCCUGCGAGUGGCUCAUCGCCAACGGCCACAUGCUGCCCUCGGGCGAGCUGCCAAAGCUCCCCAAGCACUUCGCGCCCGCGCCCGCCUCCGCCACGGUAUCCGUCCUCCCUUGCAAGAGGUCGCCGCCUGCUUCGCCCCUCUCCGCCGCCGGCGGUUCGUCGUCCGCGGCCGCGAGGAAGAAGCAGGACACCCAGUCCGCACGAGCGUCCUCCUCCUCCAGCUCAUCCUCGUCAUCUCCCCACCCCGCACACGACGACGCUGGUGCCACCAUCGUAAAUACGUCAUCCGCUCUCAAAGCGACAGCGCCCUCCCCGCCAGUGUCAGCGACCAAAUCGGCCCCUUCCACCACUUCCACCUCCUCUUCCUCCGCGACGACAACACCCGACGCAGGGACCCCCAUCGCCCCAAGACCUCAAGAUAGUAGCGCCGCCGCCGCCGCCCCCGCAGACCCUGCAGACCCCUCGGCAAGGAUUCGUGAGCUUUGUGCCCGCCUCAAGUAUCCGGUCCCCCACUACCGGCUGGCCAAAAACACAACCGUCGCCGGCGGCGACUUCUGGGACGGCCACGCCGACUUCGGCGGCGACCCCCGCGUGCCGGACGACGUGGGCGUCGUCCGCAAGGUCCUGACCAAGAAGGCCGCCAAGGAGCGCAUGGCGAAGCACGUACUCGCCUGGUUGCUCUCCGAGCUCGAGAAGAGAGAGAGGGUGGCCAGAGUGCUGCUGGGGGAUAAUAAGAGGUGA